AUUCUGACCUCCUCAGCUCCCAGGGAGUGGCUGGAGAGCCACACUGUUUUCUUUGGGACUGGACAGAAGGCUGCCCAGUGGACACCAGCGCGGGACAGACGAGUCACUAACCUGAGGGCUGAAAGCUGGUGAGACAGUAAAGGAGUUUUUUGGCUGCAGUCAUGAGGGUGGGAGCGGCAGCCUUAGCUGGGGGGCUUUUUGGGGCAGUGGGGACCCUGCUUUUUUUCCUGGCCUUUGGUACAGACUACUGGCUGGUGGCCACUGACAACUGUGGACCAUAUACAUGGCUGACGCAAACAACCCCGACAGGGGAAAGAGAUGCCAAUGGGACUGAGAUCCUGUCAGAAGGGGUGACCGUCACCGUUGCCCCAAAGACCCUCACCUUCCACCAUGAGGGUUUCUUCAGGCGCUGUGCGUUUCAGGUGGAGCCGGCGACACACGCAGUUCUCGCCACUCUCUUCACGAACCAGCCACAGUCCAAGUUUUGUGUCCAUGGUUACCUCUUCCCUCUGCCGGUCGCACUGGGACAGGUUCCUGAUCCUAUUUAUGACACUACAGCAGUGUUCCGGGGUUUCUGGACUGUGCUGAUAAUCCUUGGCCUGGUCUUGGCUCUGGCUGGAAGCUUCCUCCUGGUCUGUGGUGUCCCCUUCUACAGCCACAAACUCUACAAGCUGGGUGGAGCCUUCCUCAUCGCAGCCGCCUGCCUGCUCCUGUUUGUGCUGCUGCUCUAUGUGCUGUGGAUGGAGGUGGUGGAUGUGAAGCGUUACAUUCUACAAGAGACAGGAGAGACGUGUCCAGAUGCUGAGGUCUCUGUGCUCUACGGCCUGUCGUUCAUGGUGGCGGCGGCCGGCGUGCCCCUGGAGCUCGUCUCUGGGUUGGUUUUCAUGCUGGUGGGCCGGGCGCUGCAUGCCAGCAAGUGAGCUCACCAUCUGGCCCGUAGGAGAGGAGCGGACUGACCUUUUUAUGUCAUGUGCUGGGACUCAAUGGCACACUUGUGGGAUGGGAAUAUUCGCUGGAAAAACACAACCGAUAUUACUGCAUCACCCUGUGGAUGUUAAUCAUAGCCUGCAGUCAGAGACACUGGUGUGGUGCAAAACAUUUCUAUCACUCAUUUUGCAUGAUUCUGACAAAUACACAAGAAUAUUACACCGUGGGUCAGCGGUAGAGUUUAUAGGCGUAUCAUGAUGUGAUAGUGACAUAUUAAGGAGCAAUAUAAAACGUGCUGACACUGUUUUUUUUUUUUGUAUGCAAGACUCUGUGAUUAUAAAAUAUCUCUCCCGCCCAA